AUGGAUGAUGAAUUAAAUGUAACAUAUUUAACUCUUGACGGUUAUGUGGAAGUUCAUAAAUACAGAUAUCUUGUAUUUUUGUGAUUAUGUUUACAGAAUAUAUUCUAAAUAAUCUGCUAGUAAUCUACUAAAUUGUUUAUUCUUAUCCUGGAUUCACCCAAAAACCUCCAUCGAGCCUAUGUACAUUUUCAUUGCAGCUUUACUGUUCAACUCUAUCAUUUUCAGCACUUCUAUUUACCCAAAGCUUUUGAUUGACUUUUUAUCUGAGAAUCAGAUCAUAUCAUAUUCAGCCUGUCUCUUUCAGGGUUUUCUGUAUUACUCUUUAGGUUGCUCAGAGUUCUUAUUGUUGACAGCAAUGUCCUAUGACAGGUAUGUGUCGAUAUGUAAACCUCUGCAAUAUCCAACUAUCAUGAGGAGAACAACAGUCUAUAUUCUGUUGGUUUUAGCCUGGCUUCUGCCUGCUUGUCAGAUUGCAGUGCCAGUAGCACUUAGUGCUAAUACCAAACUCUGUAACUUUACUUUGAAAGGAAUAUUUUGCAACAAUUCAGCUUACAAACUUGACUGUGUGGUCAAGAGCGCUACUGUAUAUGGUCUGAUUAUUCUGUUCAAUGUUGCACUUUUCCCUCUGCUUUUUAUACUUUUUACAUACACAAGGAUAUUCAUUAUAUCCUACAGAAGUUGUAGAGAAGUCAGGCGAAAAGCUGCAGAGACGUGUUUACCCCACUUGUUGGUUUUAAUUAUCUUAUCUUUUUUAAGUGCAUAUAAUACAAUUAUACUUCGAGUGGAGUCUGAUUUUCCAAAAACUGUGAGUUUAAUAAUGACUUUACAAGUGGUGUUGUAUCAUCCUCUCUUUAAUCCGAUCAUAUACGGGCUAAAAAUGAAAGAAAUCUCCAAACACCUCAUAAGGUUGUUCUCUGUGAAGACAAAUUGA